AUGACCCAACUUCCACUGAAAUCACUUGAGCCCUUUGCAAUAUCAUCGUCUUCUUCCUCAUCAUCCUCCAUCUUUGCACUGAGAAGAGGAGCAAUUGCCCCAUUUUCAUAUCUCCUUUUCUCCUCCAUCCACCAUCUUCCUUCCCUUCGCUUAUCAAUUCGCACUACUUCCACUGUUGUCAGAGCAAUGGCCUCUCACAUUGUUGGUUAUCCCCGCAUUGGUCCGAAGAGAGAACUUAAAUUUGCCUUGGAGUCUUUCUGGGAUGGGAAAAGCAGUGCUGAUGACUUGCAGAAAGUGGCUGCUGAUCUCAGAUCAUCUAUUUGGAAGCAGAUGGCCGACGCUGGAAUCAAGUUUAUCCCAAGCAACACUUUUUCGUAUUAUGAUCAAGUACUCGACACAGCGACUAUGCUUGGUGCCGUUCCUUCAAGAUAUGGAUGGAACGGUGGUGAGAUUGGAUUUGACAUCUACUUCUCCAUGGCUAGAGGGAAUGCUUCGGUUCCUGCCAUGGAAAUGACGAAGUGGUUUGAUACCAACUACCAUUACAUUGUCCCAGAGCUGAGUCCAGAAGAUAAAUUCACCUAUGCAUCUCACAAAGCAGUAAACGAGUACAAGGAAGCUAAAGCUCUUGGAGUCGAGACCGUCCCAGUUCUUGUAGGCCCUGUAUCCUUCUUGUUGCUUUCGAAACCAGCCAAGGGAGUUGAGAAAUCCUUUUCACUUCUCUCUCUAGUUGACAAAAUUCUUCCUGUUUAUAAAGAAGUUGUUUCAGAGCUGAAAGCUGCUGGUGCCACCUGGAUUCAAUUUGAUGAGCCUACACUUGUGAAAGAUCUUGAUGCACACCAGUUACAAGCAUUUGCUCAUGCCUACUCAGAGCUGGAAUCCGUCUUAUCUGGUUUAAAUGUUCUGAUUGAGACAUAUUUUGCUGAUGUUCCUGCUGAGGCAUACAAGACUCUCACCUCUUUGAAGGGUGUCUCUGGUUAUGGAUUCGAUCUAGUUCGUGGAACACAGACACUUGAUCUGAUCAAAGGUGGAUUUCCUUCGGGCAAAUAUCUGUUUGCCGGAGUGGUUGAUGGAAGAAACAUAUGGUCAAAUGACCUUCAAGCUUCCAUAACUACCUUAGAGGCAUUAGAAAAAGUUGUUGGGAAAGAAAAGAUUGUCGUCUCCACUUCAUGCUCUCUUCUUCACACUGCUGUUGAUCUGGUGAACGAAACAAAAUUAGAUGAUGAAAUUAAGUCCUGGCUUGCUUUUGCUGCGCAGAAAGUUGUUGAAGUUAAUGCCUUGGCUAAGGCACUCGCUGGACAUAAAGAUGAGGCAUAUUUUUCUGCCAAUGCUGCAGCCCAAGCUUCAAGGAAAUCAUCCCCAAGAGUGACAAAUGAGGCUGUCCAAAAAGCUGCUGCUGCUCUGAAGGGCUCUGACCACCGCCGGGCAACAAAUGUAAGUGUCAGGUUGGAUGCUCAGCAGAAGAAGUUGAACCUUCCAAUUCUACCAACUACAACAAUUGGAUCCUUCCCUCAAACUAUGGAUCUUAGAAGAGUGCGACGCGAAUUUAAAGCAAAAAAAAUCUCUGAGGAAGACUAUGUCAGCUCCAUCAAGGAGGAAAUCAAUAAAGUUGUUCAGCUGCAGGAAGAGCUCGACAUCGAUGUCUUGGUGCACGGAGAGCCCGAGAGAAAUGAUAUGGUUGAGUACUUUGGAGAGCAACUGUCUGGCUUCGCCUUCACUGUCAAUGGUUGGGUCCAAUCCUACGGAUCCCGUUGUGUUAAGCCGCCUAUCAUCUAUGGUGAUGUCAGUCGUCCAAAACCUAUGACUGUCUUUUGGUCGACAAUGGCUCAGAGCAUGACCAAGCGACCUAUGAAGGGAAUGCUUACCGGUCCAGUUACAAUCUUGAACUGGUCCUUUGUUAGAAAUGACCAACCAAGGUUUGAGACAUGUUACCAAAUCGCCUUAGCGAUCAAGGACGAGGUUGAGGAUCUCGAGAAAGCUGGUAUUACUGUCAUCCAGAUUGAUGAAGCAGCACUGAGAGAAGGUUUGCCUCUCCGAAAGUCCGAGGAAAAUUUCUACUUGAAUUGGGCUGUUCAUUCGUUCCGAAUCACCAACUGUGGUGUUCAAGAUACCACCCAGAUCCACACCCACAUGUGCUACUCGAACUUCAACGACAUCAUCCAUUCGAUAAUCGACAUGGAUGCUGAUGUGAUCACCAUUGAGAAUUCCAGGUCAGAUGAGAAGCUUCUGUCUGUCUUCCGUGAGGGAGUAAAGUACGGUGCUGGAAUCGGACCUGGAGUCUACGACAUCCAUUCGCCUCGUAUUCCCUCAACCGAUGAAAUCGCUGACAGGAUCAACAAGAUGCUUGCUGUUCUCGAAAGCAACAUCCUCUGGGUGAACCCCGACUGCGGUCUCAAAACCCGAAAGUACACUGAAGUCAAGCCCGCCCUCCUCAACAUGGUUGCUGCUGCUAAGCUCCUUCGCUCACAACUGGCCAGUGCCAAGUGAGUUCGAGAAUACUGUGGCUUUUACCUUAGGAAAAGAAAACUUAAAUUUUCAAUAAGAUUUUGGCCUUCUGGUGAAUUGAUCUUGUUCUCUUUCUUGGAAUGUCCUCAUUUUCUUAGGGAAGGAAUGGACAAUGUAAUCAAAUUCCCAUUGUGGCUUUUGUUUAAAGAAAUUAAAAUUUUUUGUUUUUUCUCA